AUGCUGCUCCGGGAGUGGCUCAGCUCCUGCGACCUCAAGACAAAGAACUUGCUUCCUGGCGAGGUGCUUGUCAGGAAGUUCUUGCCACCAGGAAUAGUGGCAGAUUUGUUUGAGCACUACCAGGCAACACAAUCAUUGCUGGGAGGAUACGCAGUGUCGUGUUUCAGCCACGUUAGUCAACUGUGGGUAGGAGGUUGGUUAUGUUGUUGGAUUUGGGGCACACCAAAAAAAACAAGACUCCAGAUUCAGGUAUGGAACUUUCUUAGAUAUCUACAAGCGACGAUGGAGCGACAUUCUCCGCUUCAGAUCCCGCAAUCUAUUCACAACUUGCGAGGUAUGCUAUAA